UUUUCGCAUUCCAAAUUCAACCCUAGUUUCUCAACGGCUACUUUCUACGUCUCUCUCCCCUCUCUUGUUUGGCACAUAAAACAUUCUCUCUCUCUCUAACUGGAGUCCUCUAAAGAGAUGCAAGCUCUCCAGCGUGAGUCAUGGCAGCUCUCCAUACACGCAAAAGCCAACAACUUCCACCUGAAAUUCAAAAUUUUAAGGGUGCUUAGUAGCCGUAGAAAUGACGGUACCCAACCUGCCCUCACCCGAUUCUCCUUUCGUGUGAAACUGAGGGCGAUGUAUCUCAAGCUGCGGGGCAAAAUGGGAAAUCUGUUCUUCUGGCGCAGGCUCCCUGAAAGUCUCUCUAGAGAGAGAAGCAGCAGGGCAAAGCCCAAGAAAGAUGAAGCAUCAAAUAGUGGGCGAAAUGAAAGAGUCCCUAGCUUGUCUUUCAGAGAGGUUAUUUUACAGAGAAUUUCCAGGUAUUUCCGAUUCCAUAGAAGUAAAGUGGGUGCUCUGGUGGUAUCACUUCUCCUUUCCCUGCUAACUUAUGCGAUGACAUAUCCUACUGUCCUCCAAAGCCUAUGUAGCCUAGCUCUUCUAAUUGUUCUCAUGGUCUGGUCUCAAAUAAAUCAACGGCUGAGAACCAUUCUUUCAAAGUGUUGAUUGUGUAGCCUAGCUCUUCUAAUUGUUCUCAUGGUCUGGUCUCAAAUAAAUCAAUGGCUGAGAACCAUUCUUUCAGAGUGUUGAUUGUGUAGCCUAGCUCUUCUAAUUGUUCUCAUGGUCUGGUCUCAAAUAAAUCAGCGGCUGAGAACCAUUCUUUCAAAGUGUUGAUUGUGUGGCCUUGGGAUCAACUUUGCCCUAUUUAGAAACACAGGUUUUGAGGGGCUAUUAUUGUAUCAUAAAAACUUGGCACUCUAUUAUUCUCAGAAGCCAAGAAUAAUAAAAAAAGAAAAGAUAAUUUUUAAU